AUGGAGGCCCACCAACACUCCCCAGAUAGCAGCAGCGAGGAGUGCACCGUCCUGGAGGCUCCGCCCGGCAAAAACGCCUGCCCGCAACAUGCAGGGAAGGUGGCCGACCUGUACUGCUCGGCCUGCGACGUUGCGCUGUGUGAAGACUGUGUGUCGGAGCAUGAAGAGCACCCGAAGGUGGCCCUCAGCCAGGCCCUGGAGCAGCACCGCAGCAGCCUGCAGGAGAGGCUGGGCUCCGUCCACAACAGACUCCCUCAGAUUUCAGAUGCGCUGUCCUUCGUCAAAGAGAUCCUCCAGCAGCUGACCAAUCAGAGAGCUUCCAUCGAGGAGGACAUCCAGUCGAGCUUCGAGGACCUGCACAAGCAGCUGGAUGUUCGGAAGAGUGUUCUGCUGAUGGAGCUGGAGGUCACAUAUGGACUCAAGCAGAAGGUCCUUCAAGCGCAGGUGGACAGCCUUGUCCGGGGAGAGGGGGACAUCGCGGCCACUUGUACCCAGACGGAGGAGGCCCUGGCUGGGGAGGCGUGCGUGGCGAGCCUGCAGCUGGAGCAGGAGCUGCGGGAGAGGCUGGGGGAGCUGGUGGGUCUGGGCUUGCCAUGCCAGCCGGAGGAGAACGACCAGCUGGAUCUGGUGAUGGAGACGGACGGGCUGAGGAAGUCCAUACACAACCUGGGGACCAUUGUCACGACCAGCGCUGUGGCGAGCCAAAGCGAAGCCAUGGGGGCCGGCCUGGAGCAGUGUGUUGUGGGACAUCCUGCUUCGGUUACCAUCGUAACAAGGGACAAGUCAGGGGGAGCGUGCAAGAGUGGUAACGCAAUCCUAUCAGCUGAGGUGUUCACCCCGGAUGGCAGCAUAGUAGAUGGUGAGAUCGUGGACCACAAGAACGGGACGUAUGAGUUUGUGUACAUAGUGCCGAAGGAGGGUGACUUCUCGCUGGCUCUCCGACUGUACGACCAGCACAUCAAGGGAAGUCCUUUCAAGCUGACCAUCACCAGGGUCUCAGAGGCAGAGGUAUCUCCAUCUACCACGACAGCAACCAACUCAGCAGCCAACGCUACCCCGUCCACAGGCUCCUCUGAGGGGGCAAAGAGACGAGGGAAGUCCCCUGGCCAAAAGAAGAAGGGCUCCAAGAGGGCCAGCAGUGCCCUGGGCACCCCGCGACGCAAAACUCAGAAUCCCAUCGAGGAUGACCUAAUCUUCAGGAUUGGAACAAAAGGAAGGAAUAAAGGAGAGUUCACAAACCUCCAAGGAGUGGCCGCCUCCUCCAGUGGCAGGAUACUGAUUGCCGACAGCAACAAUCAGUGUGUCCAGAUUUUCUCCAACGAAGGGGAGUUUAAGAGUCGUUUCGGGGUGCGGGGACGGUCGCCGGGCCAACUGCAGCGCCCCACCGGUGUAGCUGUGCACCCCAGUGGUGAUAUAAUCAUCGCCGACUAUGACAACAAGUGGGUCAGCAUCUUCUCCUGCGAGGGCAAGUUCAAGGCAAAGCUCGGCUCUGGUAGACUUAUGGGGCCUAAGGGCGUGUCCGUGGACCAAAACGGUCACGUGAUUGUGGUGGACAACAAGGCGUGUACCGUCUUCAUCUUCCAGCUAACUGGCAAGCUCAUCACCAAGUUCGGUAGUCGGGGCAACGGUGACAAGCAGUUUGCAGGUCCACAUUUUGCAGCAGUGAACAAGAACAAUGAGAUCAUUGUGACAGACUUCCAUAACCACUCUGUCAAGGUGUUCACCCCUGAGGGAGAGCUGGUGUUGAAGUUCGGCUCAAACGGUGAAGGAAACGGCCAGUUCAACGCUCCCACUGGUGUAGCUGUGGACAUUAAUGGGAACAUCAUUGUGGCCGACUGGGGCAACAGCAGGAUACAGGUGUUUGAUGGCAGCGGCUCCUUCCUGUCCUACAUCAACACAUCAGCGGACCCUCUGUAUGGACCACAAGGCCUGGCUCUGACCUCAGAUGGACAUGUGGUGGUGGCCGACUCUGGCAACCACUGCUUCAAAGUCUACCGCUACCUACAAUGA